AUGGAGAACUGCGUGAUAGAGGGUAGCAAGGUUAUUCCGCACUGGUUGCCAGGCGGAGAUUUAUUCUGGUACCAACUCAAACUACCUGGAGGUGGUCAUGAUUUUGUGCUUGUCAAUGCUGUCAAGGCCACUCGCCAAGGGGGCUUUGCCGAGGAUACUCUAGCUCAAGAGGUAGAGCGUUCAACGGGCCAGUCGGUCAACUUGAAGUCUCUAACUGAAAGUGACAUGGAAUGGAACAGCUCUCUCGACAAUGGAAAUUUGAAGGGAAGGUUUUUAAAUACAGAGGUUGCUUCCCCAUAUGCGGCCAGCGAAGUAUCAAUUCGAUUUCUCAACAGAUGCAGUCGCCCACUAACGAUAGAGUGGCUUGAUCACUCGUGCGAGCCAGCCUCGCGAGGUGUUAUUGAAGUGGGGAAAACCGGGCACUUCACAACUUGGAGUGGGCACAUAUGGAGAAUACAUGUCAAAGAAGAUUCAGAUUCAAAGGUUCUAUACGCUGCUCCAAAAGAAGAAGACAAAGAUGCCGUUGUUAUCGACGAUGAUCUUCUGCGUGGUGGGGAUGACGUGCGCAAAUCCAAGAAUGACGCGGGAUUUCCCCGAAUCUCUAUACGAAAUGGAACAGUUUGGUCUACUAAUGAGAAUGGAGAUGAGCAAAUCCUUGCUAGCAACGAUGGCGAAACUGACCUAUAUGACGAAGAAAGAAUAUACAUCUCUCCCGACUGGCAAUUCGCUGUUAUAUGGCAGUAUACGCCUGAACAAGACUACAGGAUGCACCUGGUUGAGUCUUCACCUGCUGAACAGCUCCAGCCGAAAAUGAAGUCUAUUCAGUAUCUCAAACCUGGUCAUCAAGUCAGACUUGAUAGACCUCGUCUAUUCGACCUAAGCCAGCUCAAAGAAAUCCCAACAGACGAUGCUCUGUUCCGCAAUCCAUACGCGCUGACAAAUGUCGGUUGGAAUAAGAGCGGAGAAGAGUAUAGAUUCAUUUUCAACGAGAGAGGUCAUCAACACUUGCGAGUUAUCGGAAUCUCUAUGCAUGGCCGCGUUCGAGUCUUGGUAGAAGAAAGUAGCAAAACAUUCAUCGACUACUCCACCAAAUUGUAUCGUCAUUUGACCUCAGACACGGAGGAGAUCAUAUGGGCCAGCGAGCGUGAUGGCUGGAAUCAUUUGUAUCUCUACGAUUUAUCUCAGGGUGUUUUGAAGAACCAAAUCACGAUAGGCAACUGGCUCGUCAAGGCUGUCAGUAGAGUAGAUGAGAAGACGCGCCAGAUUUGGUUCUCCGGCUAUGGUAUGGUCAAAGGCCAAGAUCCGUAUUAUGCUCAGCUUGCAAGGAUCAACUUUGAUGGUUCAGGGCUCACAAUGCUUACCGAUGGCAACGGAACUCAUUCCUGGAAGUGGUCUCCAGAUUAUCGCUAUUUGAUCGAUACGUGGUCAAGAGUCAAUUGUCCCCCAGAAGUUGUGUUGCGGGAUGGAAAUACUGGCGCCAAAAUCCUGACUCUCCAGGAAAGCCAACUCGCCCGCCUUGUUGACUCUCAAUGGAAUGCUCCGGAGAUAUUUUCUACCCCAGGUCGUGAUGGAGUCACUAUGAUACAUGGCAUUAUCAUUAGACCUGCAGAUUUUGACGCCAACAAUAAAUAUCCAAUCCUCGAAGAGCUAUAUGCUGGACCACAGGGUUACUAUACACCUAAAGUGUUUUCGAAUUACUCUUGGUAUCGCGGCUGGGCUGACCGAGGCUAUGUCGUUGUAAAACUCGACGGCAUGGGGACAAAUUGGCGAUCGAAAGCAUUUCACGACGUCUGCUACAAAAAUCUUCACGACGCAGGGUUUCCUGACCGCAUCAAGUGGAUCAGAGAGGCAGCGGCAACGCGUCCAUGGAUGGACCUUGAGCGCGUUGGUAUUAUGGGCACGUCUGCUGGCGGCCAAAGUGCGGGUGCUGCACUGGUCCAUCACGGAGACUUCUAUAAAGCGGCAGCAGCAGACUCUGGAUGUCACGAUAACCGCAUGGAUAAGAUUUGGUGGAACGAGCAGUGGAUGGGCUGGCCCGUUGAUAAAUCGUACGAGGACGCGAGUAACGUCUGCAACGCUGAGAAGUUGCGAGGGAAACUUAUGCUUAUUGUUGGGGAUCAAGAUGACAAUGUAGAUCCGUCAUCGACGUUUCGAUUUGCAAAUGCUUUAAACAAAGCAGAGAAAAUAUAUGAGAUGCUCCUCAUACCGGGCGGCAAGCACGGCUGUGGACAUGGAAAAUAUGGUCAAAUGCGGCAGGCUGACUUUUUUCAACGCCAUCUCCAAAAGAAGUAG